AUGAAAGAAUCAUUUUUUAACAAGUCUUUGGAAUAUUUUCCCACAUACACGGAACUUAAAGAUCUUCGUUCGACUUUUAUCGCCAACUGCAUUUUUAACAGUUUUAUAGCUCACACCUCCAUCGUGUUGAAUAUUGUGACAAUCUACGCCAUCCACAAAACUUCGGCGAUGGCAAAAACUUUGAAAACUCUGCUACUAAGUCUUGCCUGCUCGGAUGUUGCUGUUGGUUUGUUUAUCCAACCAUUAUACACUUUUUUUCUGGUCAAGUGGUUACAACUGGACAAUCUUAGCUGUAAUACUCACCUAGUGCUGAUUAUUUCAGGUUAUUUAUUCUCAGCUGCUUCGUUCCUUGGUGUUGUGGCUGUAAGUGUAGACAGGUUCUUGGCCGUUCAUCUUCAUCUCAGAUAUCAAGAGCUUGUGACUCACAGGCGUGUUGUUGUUGUGGUGAUCGGCAAAUGGCUGUGCAGUGCAUUUUUUUCUUUGAUAACAUUGUGGGGGUUAGCUGGUGCUCAGGAGAUUACAGAGUCAGUUAUUGCAGCUUUCGGUUUCAUUGUCACAUUUGUGGUGUACAUCAGGAUAUAUUUAACUGUCCGACGGCACAAGAAUCAGAUUCACUCUAUGCAAGUACAAGAAGUAGCUCAUUCUGAUGAAUUAAAAAACUUUAUGGUUGUCAUGAAAUCCACAUUUAGCACAUUCUAUGUAUAUCUCGUGUUGUUAAUUUGUUAUUUGCCUUUUUGUAUUUGCUCGGCUGUUAUUCGAAUCUAUGGCUCGAGUAUCGCUUCAAAACAUUUUUAUCUUUACUCAAUGUCUCUUGUGUUUCUUAAUUCAUCUUUGAACCCUGUCAUUUACUGCUGGAGGAUGAGACAUGUUCGACGCACUAUCAUGGACAUACUACGGAAGAUUCCUUGGAACAGCAAUCGGCCAUUACGGAUAAACUACAAUCGAUCAUCGAGUGUCGUCCAAGUUGAUAACUGAUCCACUCUGUGCGUCUAAAAAGGACUG